AUGUCUUGGGAAGUCGAAAGUUCUGAUCCUAAUUCUCCAAUUGAGGAAGUACAGACAGAACAAGACUAUCAAAACAUGAUUUUAUGGAGCGCAUCUCAACAAGCUGAAGAAGAAGAAAGGAAAGAUUUAGAUGAGCGCAUAGAAGCUGUUAAAGAAGCCAUACAAAAUGAAGAGUAUAGUGGCAAAAACAAGAAAAAGCUCACGGAAUUAAAAGGCGAAUUAGAUACUUUAAUACUUCAGAAACAAUUACCAGAAACAAUUAAUGUUACUAUUGAUAAUAACUCUUCGAAUACAUCUAUUGCCAUUGACUCAGUGGAAAUGGAUCUUUCAAAUUUUUGGCACUAUAAAGUGAUGAAAACAGAUUACGUUGGCGAAGAUGCCAUCAAUCUUACAAAUGAUGACUCCGAUGAACAAGUCUAUCAAGCUAGAUUAUCUUUUAUUGAAAACUUUUGUGAUAAAUGCACUAUAUACCAUGAAAUAGAUUCUGGUUUCAAAGUAUGGCAGCCCAUCUGGCAAUCUCUAUUUCCCCACCAGCGUGGCGCCAUAGAUUGGCUAUGGGGUCUUUUCAAACAAAAGGCUGGCGGCAUAGAAGGUGAUGAAAUGGGCUUAGGAAAGACUUGUAUAUGCGCAACAUUCAUAGCCUCACUUAUCCAAUGCAACCUUAUUAAGAAACCCAUACUAAUUAUGUGUCCGCUCACUGUAUGUCAACAAUGGAUCAGAGAGCUACAUAUUUGGUGUCCAUUUGUCAAAUCAAUAUUAUACCAUGAUACCAGAACAAACAAAAAGAUAUCUCGCGAAGAAAUUCUACGACAAGUUGAAGGAACAACUAAUAUCAUCGUUACAAACUACCAAUCAGUGACUUCUCUUAAAGAUGACACAUCGCUACAGAUCAUUGAUUGGUCCUGCAUCAUCUGCGAUGAAGCACAUAACAUCAGAAAUCACAAAACCGAAAUUUCCCAAGUAGUCAAGAAACUUACAGCUGAUUUCAGAUUGGCUGUUACGGGAAGUCCAAUACAGAACGAUCUCCUUGAACUUUGGUCGAUCUUUGAUUUCGCAUAUCCCGGAUUACUCGGUGCCUUCAAUGUUUUCCAACAAGAGUUCGCUGAUCCAAUCAAACAAGGUGGAUACGCAAAUGCCUCCUCAUUUGAAGUUUUUAGAGCGUAUUCUUCCGCACAAGCAUUACGAGAUUUGAUCAAACCAUAUCUUUUGAGACGAUUAAAAUCUCAAGUCAAUGCCAAUUUACCUGCAAAGACCGAGCAGAUCUUCUUCUGUCAAUUAACACAAACACAGAUUAAUUGUUACGAAGAAUUUCUCAAAAGUCCGACAGUCCAAGCGAUUUUCAACAACGGAGCAGACAUGUUUCCAGGAAUGGUCCUUCUCCAAGAGAUCUGCAACCAUCCGAAUAUUUUCGAUGAACAGAAAUAUUCGACAAAUCCAAAGAUGAGUUGCAAAACAAAAUUAUUGAUGAAAAUUUUGCCACAAUGGCACAAAGAAGGACAUCGAUGUCUUCUUUUCGCUCAAUCUCUCAAGAUGCUCUCCAUUCUUGAAGAAAUCAUGACGAAUCUCAACCUAGAGUUCUUCAGGAUGGAUGGAGAUACUCCUCCUGAGAGAAGAAUAGUGAUUAUGGAUAGAUUCAAUCACGGUGACAAAUUUGCUUGUCUUCUGUCAAAAAAAGUUGGCGGUUUGGGAAUAAAUUUGACAGGUGCCGAUAGAGUGAUUAUCAUUGAGCCAGAUUGGAAUCCGUCAACAGAUGAACAAGCAUUGGAAAGAGCUUAUCGCAUUGGACAGACGAAAUCUGUUUCUGUUUAUAGAUUAAUUUGUGUUGGAACAAUUGAAGAAAAAAUUUACAAGAAACAGAUUUUCAAACAAAUUCUUUCUAAUACUAUUAUGCAGGAUGCCAGACAAAAGAGGUUGUUUAAUGCAAAUACUGUUUAUGAUUUGUUUUCUCUUGAUUUCGAGUUGGAUUCCGAGUUCAACAAAGAAGAAGAAAGACUUGAAGACGACGAAAAAGAUGAAGAUGAAAAUUCAGAAGGAAAAGACAAUGAACUCAUGAAAUCUUUGAUAGAAGGUGGAGAUAUAAGUAAAGUAUUUAACCACAAUGACUUGCUCCAAAAGGAUAUUUCUAAUGAUGAUUUGAUAUCAAAGAGAAAAGCAAAUAUCGCUGCAACAUUAAGUAAAAGAAAACUCAAACAUUCCGUAGAAAAGAUUGAAUUAAAAAAUACAAGUGCACACGUUUUGUCUGUAAUUAAAAGCCCGUCAUCAAGUUUAGAUUUGUCUACAAUGUCCAAUGAUUUGAUUCUUUAUUUCAAAAAUCAUGGAGGAAAAGUUACAACUGACCUUAUAUUAAAACACUUCAAACACCAGAAAUUCUCUGAAGAUGACAUGAAGACUAUUAAGGAACUACUUAAUAAGAUAUCAGUAUUUAAUAAGAGAACAAAAAUUUGGUACUUAAUGAGUAGAUAUAAUUGA